UCAAUUAAAUUGUGAUAAACGGGCGGCGAUAUCGCGAUGAUGACGUGGCGGUCUCCUGAGGCAGAUUCUUCGUGACACACUCGUUAAGAACGCGCGAACUGUUGCAACAGGAGAGAAGUAAUCCAUCCGGGGCAAACGCCACUGAGUGAACACGUCUAGAUAAUUUCUUUGUUCAGUGAAAUGUCCAGAUAAAAGUUUUCGGUCUUUCCGGAGGCAACUACAGUCUACAUCGUGUCCUGUUCACUGUUGGUGCGACGAUGGUGGUCAAAUCGCCUCUGUUCCGACCUCUUGGGAUCGCAGCUGGAGGACUGGGCCUUUUUCAGGCACUCAUAUGGGGCAUCCUCUCUCUUCUCGGAAUUCUUGCGUACACAGACGUGAUCCCAUUCCCACAGAUAAUAGUUCCAUCGAAAUACUUCGCACAAAUUUUGGUGAUGGUGUACUUCCAUCCUGACGGGGGCGUAAGCCCGGAUAUAAUGAAACCGGGGACAGUCGUCAUCUGGACGUCCGUCUACCUCGCCACGAGUGUAAUAUGGCUUCUGAUUUCUGGGCUCCUACUUCACGAUUUCUACGCCUCAAAGUUCACGUCCACAAUUUUAAUCGGGUGGGUAACAGUGACUUCUGCAGUAUCGGCGAUUGACUUCGCAGGCGCAGUGGCCUUCGGAGUGGAUUACAGCAACAUGCAGAGUCUUGUAGACAGCUAUCUCCCUCUGGCCAACUUGUCAACAAGUCUCCUGCUUGCACCAAUCUUACUGAUGACAAUGUGCGCUCGUGGCUUUGUCCUCUGGGUGAUCAACGUGAGUUUGGUGAUCUACCUGGCAGUGGCUGCAAGCAAAGUGGACAAGAAGAUUCCAGCAAGCCGUCCGUCCACAGCCACGGAGCAGGGCCCACACCCAGUGGACAUGUACAGCAGGGGGAGGCAGAACCCAGGAUUCCAACCGGACCCGAUAUCCGCGUGGGACGUCCAGUCUCCGGCAGUGGGCAAUCAGCAGCGAAAUCCUUGGGACUUCCCGGAAGACAACUCUCCCCACUUCGCUUCGGACACAUUGCGGUCCAACAAGAUGCUGCCUCGCAUCGGAAGACCCGUAAGCACUCCGGUGGUACCGGCGGACCCCCUGCCCAUACCACAACCAGACUACAGUCCCCCACCGGGACGCCCGACGAGGCACGAGCCCAACCCGUACGACUCCCCCCAGCGAUCGGCUCUCAAGAAAACAAACCAGCACGGACGCACAGUCUUCUAGCAAAAAUUAAAAUUUUACAGCGAGGGACAAAGUUCAUCUAAGCAGAGGAAUUAGGAAUGUGGCUCCUCCGUCUCUCUUUUCUGGCACUCCGCCCUCUGAACUUUGUCGUUCACAGAGCGAAUAUUUACAAGUAAAUUUUUACCAGUGGACGCAAAUCGUCAGAACACAAAAUUCUUAGGGCAUUUCCAUAAGCCACGGGUCUCGUAGGACUUUUCCGUAACUCGAAGACUCGUUUCGACAUGAAUGAUUUUUUAAGAAUCUAAGUGAGCGUACUUUAAAUUUUGAUGCGCGGAUAACAGGGAACCUCGUACUUAAGAAACUGAGGACGCCAAAUGAUCAGAACGACCUCGAGCCCGAGAAGAAAUUAUUAAAUAAAUUAAAGAAAUUUAAA